AAAUUACUCUUAUUCAUGCUCGUCUACCAUCGAGUCUCUAAUUAUGCAGGCGCAAGUCUUGUAAGGGCAGCUGCACGCUGCCUGACUUCCUCUGCCUCGCUGUCAGAGAGCAGCAGCAGCACACAACCCGACUCCAUUUUCGCUACCAAAGAAUCUCCAUGGGACCAUAUAUUGGAUGACUCAAUAAAAGAGAUACCACCUAUCCUCCCCUCCCCAGUCCGCAAUUCUUUACGCACUGGCAUCAGCGCCUUCGACGAAAUGUUCAACAUGAUCUUCGACGCAGUCUCAGAGCAAAAGAAACCCUCCGCCAAACUCUCCUCCAUAAAACAAGACGACCCACUCGCUGCUCUCGGCGGAAUAGGAAUCGGGCGCAAGCCAUUCAGCCAUGCCCUAACGUCAGAUUUAUUCGGCAGACUCAGACGAGACUCAAAACGGUUGAAAUGGACGACGGAGGCGGACGAGGAAUUUGAUAAGAAGAAGGAGGAAAUGGAGCUUUGUGAUACGGAUCAGCAGCUGCUUGAAUGGGCCAUGCGGGAGGUGUUUGGACAGUCUCAGGAAUACGAGGAACGUGCUAGGAAUUCCAUCGCUAGAACUGAGGAACAGCAUGCUCCAGGCCUUUCCCCGCCCUCUAACCCAAGCACAAACGCACUACUACCAAAGGCUAUGCACCCUGAACUCCAACACCCGACUUAUCCCUACCUCAUUGCGCACCUCAUGCGUUCAUUCCGCGAUAAGUAUCGUGACCCCCACCUCGCUCUUUCCAUCUUUGACUAUGCCAAACACUUGAGCAUUCCAAGCUACGUAUUCGGGUGCACCACUCCCGCAUACAACGAGCUGAUAGAAACGCGCUGGUCAUAUUUCCGCGACCUCAGAGGCGUACAUGACGCCCUCGAAGAGAUGCGCGUCAACGGCGUGGAGCCCGAUGGCAGAACCAAGAAACUCGUCGAAAAACUAAGGCGCGAAGUAGGCGCGCGCACGGUUUGGGAAGAGGAGUCUAUGUUUGGAAGUGGGGAGGUUGUUGGGAUGCUGUCUAAGAUCGAGCAGCUUACUGUGAAGCAGCCGAGAAGGAGACAGGGGAAAGGAGCGAGCAAGAAAGGGCGAAGCAAGAAAUUGCCGGCUUUGGAUUCGUGGAAGGGCGAUGCUCUCAAGGAAGACGUGGAGGAUGGGUAUGAGUUUGACCAGUGGGAUUCUCCUGAGCCGAAGCCAAAAUAUCGGAAACAAGUUUCAGAACGGGCAGCAGCUGUCGCAGGGCUGGACGAUUUACUGGAUGACAAGAUACCAGGCGAAGACCAGCUGGAAUUUAGAUAGCGUGCUAACCUAUACAUUUUUGUCGUAUUCAACGGGGAGAGGUGGGAGCGUGUGCUACUCUGAUGAAUGUCAGAAAAGUUAGAAGCUAAUGCACGAUAGGAGGUACACUUGCGAGGAUUGAAGAAACGAAAUUUGCAUGAAUGCAAUUCCAAGCUGGGUGUAGAAAAUAUACACUAGCAUGGCA